CUCUAGCUUGAUCUUCUAAACAGGAAAUUACGUCUCCGUGAGAGGGGUUCAGUUACUUUCAUUUUCACUUUUUGAGCUGACUAACGGGUGACUGACUUCAGCGUUGUGCACUAUCAGACAUUUAGGAAAAUCCGCGCACUCUGUGAACUAUUUAGUUGCUUUCUAUUUUUGCAUUGCAAAAGGUCAUUUUUGCAUAUCAAGUAAAUAAAUUCCCAUCACAAGAUGACUUCAAUAGACAUUCGCCCAGAGUCGAAGAAACAGGUUGAUGAUUUCUGCACUCAGCUCACUAAAGAGGCAGAGACCCUGGUCACAUCAUUCUUCCCUCAGAAGAUUGCAGAGAUGGAAACGCUGUUGAAGACAUCCUUAAGCACUGAUGGCCUGGCAGCUCUGAAGGCUCCUCUGGACAUCCCAAUACCAGACCCGGCUAAAGAAGAGGCUAAGCAAAAGAAGAAAGAGGAGAAAGAGGCAAAGGAAGGGAAGAAAGACAAGGACAGCGAGAAAGAAGAUGAAGACGCAGGGCCUCCCUGUGGUCCGAUCCCCUGCAACGAGAGAGUGGAAAGUCUUCUAAAGGAGAUCAAGCCUCAGAUCCAGCUACUGAAGGAGAAACUGAACACAGUGUCAAUGUGGGUGCAACUUCAGAUUCCCAAAAUUGAAGAUGGGAACAACUUUGGGGUGGCUGUACAGGAAAAAGUGUUUGAAUUGUUGACCAACACUCGCACAAAGAUCGAAGAAUUCCAGACACAGAUCUCAAAGUACUACAGUGAGAGAGGGGAUGCUGUUGCCAAGGCCUCAAAACAACCUCAUGUGGGAGACUACAGGCAGUUGGUGCAUGAGCUGGACCAGUACCAGUACUGUGAGCUUCGCAUCGUGGUUCUGGAGAUCCGCAACACCUAUGCCUUGCUGUUUGACAUCAUCAACAAGAACUAUGACAAGAUCAAGAAGCCCAGAGGGGACUGCAAGGCCCUCAUCUACUGAUCAACUGACUCUUGUGAACAUCCACUGGAGACGGCAAUAUAGCGACACACUCUUACUCACCCAUUCACAUGUUAUGAUACAAAUCGUGUAGUGUAACAUGUUAAAAUGCUUGUUUCGUAACUGAAUACCUUCAGACACAGUGGAUUUAAAAACAUUUUCAUUUUCAUAACCAAUAAAACUGCUGUAUUACACAAUCAAUUUAUUCAAUUUCUAAAUUAAAGUAGUGAUAACUGGCAUAACAUCAAGUGAGUAUUUUUUUAAUGCUUCAUGGUGAGAUUUAAAACUAUUUCAAUAUUUUGCUUAUGAAAUUUUUACUUUCUCAAUUCUGUGGUAAUGUACAUAAAUAAUCUUCCUGUUAUUAUCCAAUUCGAUGUUCUUGAUGUUAGGAGUUAUCACACUGACUAUAAAGCAAAUGGAAAUGUUA